AUGGCAGGUCCUUGGAACCUGUUGACGUUUUUGACAUUUGGAAUUUGGAUGUUGGCAUUCGCCUACGCCAGUGCAUCUGUAUCCUACUGUUGGUAUGGUGAUAUUGAAUCUCACGCAUCAUUGAUGAAUGAAACAUGUGCAUCAGGCAAGGUGAGCUUAGCUAACAUUGUGUCCCGAGAGACGGCUACAACAACACUAUCACCUCCACAGAACUUGACUCACUCAACAGCAGGGGCAGCUGUGUCCAUCAGUAAAGUCGCACACUGCAUGAUCUUCAGGUAUAUGAAGCACAUCGAGACCGGGGCAAGAGAGAGGACAUAUGAAAUCAGCACGUACGCCAACUACUCGUGUGACCAUCCUGGUUUGUGUAAAGGCGUGAGAAAUGGAUGGCUGUAUAACGUGACUUACAAAGGACUCCAUGGAGAUGUUUACUGUUGCAACACAAACCAGUGCAACAUUCAUAUUCAGGGAAUUCCCCCUCAGCAACAAAUCUGCUACACCGGGAACAACAUCACUCUCAGACCCACAGCCAACCUUGAAGUCUGUAAAAUACCUGUGUGUGGUCAAGCCUCUUGGGUGGAAAAAGGGAAGAGAGUGACCCAGUAUUUCUGUGAUAACUUCUCUUCUUGUCAAAAACAUGGGAUCGCAGUCGGCAAUUAUAGCAACUGCAAGCAGGUAACCAUGGGUACAAGCAACAAGACAGAGGAGUUGUGUUGUUGUAGCCGGAACAAAUGUUACGUCCCGUCGUGGAAAGACAAGCAACGCAGCAAACAGCAUACAUCCAACAGCAGCUCUAACAGGCAGUGGAUCAUUGCAGGAACUGUCAUCUCACUCACAUUCUUCGUUGGAGUUGGUGCUGCUAUUCUACUGGCUCUCAUGCAGUACAGAAAGAAUAUAAGGGGAGAUAAUCACAUCUCUCUGAUGUAUCGGAGGAUUGGGGAGUGCGACAGGCAAGGGGAUGAGGACGUGCUGAUAACAUAGGUCAGGCUCUGUGUGACAAAAAAAACUUUUGACACCCAAACCACAACAACACAUAUAUUAAAUUUUCAGAAUUGCAAUUUUUGAAUUAAAAUCUGCCUUGCUUCUGUUAUGCAGAGAUGUGACACUUGAGGAGUCAGUAAACUCUGGUUUAUUUUUGUCAAAAUUUGGUUUGUAUCUAAAUAAUAACCAUUUCCCUUACAUGCAUCAGGAGUGUUUGAUUUUGUGUUGAUCUUUCCAUCUUGACUCAAAACAUCUCCAGUAAUUUUUAGAAAUGGAGAUUAGAAUAUAUUAAUGUGAGAUAUAAGUUAACUUGGUACCUGUAGUUCACUCUUACCCCUUCACCAUAGUUGUCAUAGCGCUACAACUACACUGAUGUAACAGUCGUCUAAACCAUUUAGUUGGUGCUUCAUACACCUUAGCCAUGUGUGGAGUUGGUAUUCAUGCUUUUACUGAGGGUAAACGUGUGUUUGUUUAAUUUUUCUAUUGUACAGUAAACAUACUAUUAUUUAUCACUAACAUGAAGCCAUGUUUAUUAUUUUGUUGCAGUAUUUACAUAUGGUAUAGAUGACAUAUUGUGCUCUGUACUUGCAGCUCAAAGGCCAGCAUGAGUUGUAAUAAAAUGCAAUGCAGGUAAAAAUGUUUUAUAAAUGCUUUUGAGGUAAUAUUGUGUCUAUCUGGUGAAGAGACUUUUCUGCCACUACAAUGAAAGUUGAUAUACCAGUAGAGACAGACAUUGUGUGGUUUAUCUUAAUGUGUGUGUUUAUCUAUAUGCAUAGACAAUUUUAUCAUGUGAAAUAUAACAUGAGGAUCUGUGUACACAGAUAAUUCAGUUGCUGCUAUGAAAUACAAAUGGCAGCAUUGCAUUUAUUAUUGUAUUUCUAUCAGUAUACAGCUCAAAAGAAGUUGAGGACCACCCUGUUCUCCAUGUUACUUAGAGAGUGUAGGCCAUCUGGCCAUGUUACAUCACUGAUCUUACAGUACAGUACUCUAUGCCACUUCAUAUCUCCUCCAGGGCUACCAAAGAAAACUUUCCCACUGUACAGAAAAACGCAGAAAAGCCCACAUUAAUGGUGGAAAUAGUAACAUA